AUGCCUUUAACAAGGCACCAGGCUUCCUGUCUGGGGCAAUAGCCCUCUACUUCCACAGUAGAGAGCUUGGGGACCACCAGCUGUAGGGUUAGUGUUGGUGGGGGAGGACACUUGUCGAGACCAUCAGGUGUUUAUGUGAGCACUGUACCCACGGAAGGUAUAAGCAGUCUGGGCACCCGGGUGUCCCGCAGAGCUCUGGGUGUAAGCAGUGUCUUCUUACAAGGCCUUCGUAGCUCUUGCUCAGCUGUACCAUUACCCCAAGGGCUGGACAGGGGACGGGGCCUGUCUUACGAAAGCCUGAACGGGUGCCUGGUGGACUACAUUGAAAAGGUGAGAGCUUUAGAGCAGGUCAACCAGGAACUUGAGAAUCACAUCUGAGUUUACCUGAACAAGAAGUCUUCCAGUGCCAAUCACUGGGGAGUCCUGAGAGAGAGCUGGGAGACCAUCUACCACCCAGUUGGGGACGCAGACCUGAAACAUGCUCAGCUUGUUACAGAGAAUAUUCAAGCCUGUGCUGAAAAUGUUAAAGACAGGUAUGAAAAUGAGCAACUGUUCAGAAAGGCAGUGGAAGAAGAAAUUAAUUUUCUCUGUAAAGUGAUUGAUGAUGCUAAUUUGACUAGAAUGGCCCUAGAGAAUCAGAUUGAAAGCAUGAAAGAAGAAUUGACUUUACUGUCAAAGAAUCAUGAAGAGGAUGUCAAGAUGCUUUACAAGCAGCUUGCUGUAUCAGCAUCAGAAGAACUAGAUACUCCCAUUGGAAUUGGCUUGGAUGACAUAUUGGAGAAAAUCUGGAUUCAUUGGGAGAAAGAUAUUGAAAGAAACUGGCAAAUGAGAACCUGUGUUUUUCUGUCUGUCACUGUUACAUGUUAUCAACAAGCCACAGAGACAGUACCAGCUGUACGAACCCAAGAGGAAGAACCAGUUGAAUCCCUGAGGGCAGAGUUUCAUGAAACAGCUUGCAAAACCCAAAGCCUGCAAGCAGAGACUGAAUCACUGAGAACUCUGCAGAGAGGUCUGGAGAACUCCCUAUGGUAUGACAUAGAGCCAAACUUAGGUUCUGUCAUUACCAAGCUGGAGGCAGAAGUAGGGGAAAUCCGAGUGGAGACAGAGCACGAGCAGAGGGAUCACAAAACUCUGUUGUCCAUUAAAGCACAGCUGGAGAAAGACAUCACUGGGUAUCAUUGCCUUCUAGACAAAGUAGAGAGCAGGUAUUUCUUUGUGUGAAUGGUGAAUUGUACCUCUCUGAUUCUACUCGGGGCACAG